AUGUCCGCAUCGACCGCCGCGCGCGGUGUCGCAGCGCCGCGCGCGCGCGCGUCGUUGGCGAAUUCACUCGCGCCGCCGAAGCUCGCUCGCGCUCACGCACGGGCGUCGCCGCGCGUCGCGCGCGCGGUGACCUCAUCGAGCGACGGCGCGGACGGCGCGUCGUCAUCGUCGCCGUCCCCGCGUAGGGUCGCUCGUAGGGUGCCGCGCGGAGACGGGGACGGGGCGAAGGCGAGCGCGAGCGGUAGCGAAGCAAAGGCGAGCGCGCCGAAAGUACGAAAGGUCCGAAAGCUCUCGGCCGCAGUGAAAGAGGGGGCGAAAUCGAGGCAGGUGAUCAGCGCAGAUCGAAGAGAGCGCGAGGCGGCGGCGUUGGAGCGGUUUUUAGUGGCGCAGUCAAAGUUGUUUGCGAGCUCGAGCGUUGUCGGGACGGCGGAUGAACUCAUCGAGACGGCGCUGAGGGAAGAGACGUCGACGAAGGAUGGCGGUGAAUCCGCCGGCGAGCGUCUGAAGAGGUUGUUCAAAGAACGGAGAGAGCGCGGGAUGGGAAUGGUGCGGGACAGGUUCAACGACGGCGGCGCGGUGAAGGAUGAGUACUCCGACGCCUCGUUCGGCGCCGAUAGCGAAGAGUACGUGGAGGAAAUGUUAGAAAGCGCGGCCGAGGUCGAGGAACAAAAUAAGCGUUUACGCGAGGGAUAUUCCGAGUCUGAGUUUGGCGUCAGUAAUUCUAUCGAUCCGUUCAAACUCGUCGCCGGGGAGUUUGUGGUGCAUCGCAAGUACGGCAUCGGCCAGUACCUCGGUCUGAAGGUUCUCCCCGUGGAUCAACCGAACGGUGAUACCAAGAACAAGCCGUUUCUGUUCUUGAAGUACCAAGACGCCACGGCUAAGAUUAGCCCAGAGGCCUCUCGUCGCUUGUUGUAUCGGUUCUGCUCACCAGGAGCGCUGGUGAAGCCGCCCAAGCUGAACAAACUGAAAGACAGCACGACGUGGGACUUGAGAGAGAAGAAAACCGAGGCAACGAUCCGGCGAUUGGUCGUGAACCAGAUGGUUAUCUACUUACAACGAUUACAAACGAUUCGAAACCCUUAUGAACUUCCUCCCGCGGAAAGCGUCGAGGCGUUUGAUAAGUCGUUUCCAUACAAGCUCACCCCGGAUCAAGUGCGAGCCGUGGAGGAUAUCACCAUAGAUUUGUCCCGUGAUGCCCCGAUGGACCGCUUAGUCAUAGGCGACGUCGGUUUUGGGAAGACGGAGGUGGCGAUGCGUGCGAUCUUUCACGUCGCAAGCUCUGGAGGGGGAGUUUUCAUGAUGGCUCCGACAACGGUGCUGGCAAAGCAGCACGCGGCAAAUCUCGCCGCACGUUUCCGCCCUCUCGGCAUCAACGUCGAACUCGUCACCAGACACGUCGUCAAAUCUAGGCAUACAGAAAUUUUCGAGAAGUUCAAGGAAGGAACGGUGCAGAUCAUCGUUGGCACGCACAAACUCGUAAAUUUGGACUCGGAGUAUUACAGGAAACUCAAGCUGCUCGUCAUUGAUGAGGAACAAAGAUUCGGCGUUAAGCACAAGGAUCAAAUCAGCGCACUGAAAGCCGAGGUGGACGUUCUCACGCUUUCAGCGACGCCAAUUCCGCGGACGUUGCACAUGGCUAUGUCUGGCUUCCGCGACGCAUCGCUCGUGCAAACUCCGCCGCCGGAGCGUCGACCGAUAAACACCAUCUUGGCACCACAAAACGACGCCGACAUCACCAGAGCAAUCGAGCACGAACUCAACAGAAACGGUCAAGUAUACUACAUCGUUCCGAGAGUCAGUAUGAUGAAGGAGGCAAGCGAACGGUUGAAUCGACUGUUCCCCGAGCUGCGAAUCAUGACGUGCCACGGACAAAUGGAUGGCGACCAGAUUGAUGACGCCAUGGAAGCGUUCUCAAGCGGCACCGCGGACGUCCUCAUUGCUACGACCAUCGUCGAAUCUGGCUUGGACAUUCCGAACUGCAACACGAUCAUCAUCGAGAACGUCCAGUUCUUUGGUUUGGCGACGCUGUAUCAGCUCCGUGGCCGCGUCGGCCGCGCCGGUCGUCAAGCGUAUGCGUACAUGUUUUACUCAUCUGAUGAGAGCGAGCUCACACCAGCAGCGCAAGAGCGCCUGGCCGCUCUUGAGGAGUGCUGCGGGCUCGGAGAGGGUUUUCGUCUGUCCGAGAGAGACAUGGGUAUUCGGGGUGUCGGUACCAUGUUUGGCGAAAAGCAAAGCGGCGACGUCGAUAAUGUCGGAGCCGAUCUUUACUUGGAGCUCUUAUACAAGCAGCUGCAGCGUAUCGACAAUCUACGGAUCAAAACCAUAGCGGCAAGUGACGUGCGCGUGGAGACUGCAGGAUAUGAGUUCGGCAUCACCCCGUUCUACAUCGCGACCACGCAGGCGAAUGAUGAAGUCAAGGCGGCGAUCGAUUCGAUCACGGUGCACGAACACAUACACGCAAUGUUGAAGCUAUUGCAGGAUACCUUUGGUGAGCCAGAUGAGUUCAGUCUUUCGUGCUUGUUUGCCAGAGAAAUGCAAAUACUCGCGGGUGAUCUCGGGAUCAAGGCGAUCCUGUUGGACUAUCCAAAGGAUCCUCCAAUCAUUGAUUUGAUCACGGAUGCUUCGCUCAUGGUAAAGGAACUCCUCGUCGAAGGCACAAACGGUGCUUACGACGUCAAAAUAAUGGAUAACGGUAUUCGAUUCAAGACGAUGACAGACAUGACGAUGCACGGUAAGGUGAUGUACGUCGUCAGCAUCCUCCGCCAAAUCACGAGCUCGAUUCCUUCGUUUGUGAAAUACCUCUAA